AUGAGACUACUAGUGUCCGUCCUUUUACUUGCAAUAAUAUAUAUUUCUGCAAUAGCAGCUCAAGACUGUCAAAGUUUUGAUGAAAAUCAAUGUAAAACCAAUGCCCCACACUGUCAGUACCUACCUUACCUCUCAUGUUGUGGCAAGACUAAAUUCUUUUGUGUCAACAGCAACAAUGGUGCUUGCAACAAUAGAAUAAGUUGUGGUAAAGCAGCCGAUGGAGAGAUCUAUGAGUUCUGGAGUGAUUGCGUACCUACCAAAGGUAUUACCCCAUACCAAAUGCCAAAUGCCACUUGUGAAUCCCUUGGUUGUGCAAACAACUGUGAAUGGGUACCAUCCACUCCAUGCUAUGGUACUGCCUGUUGUCCAAGAGUACCAAGAUGUAUUGGUGGAUCUUCUGGUUCAUCUGGUUCAUCAGGUUCAUCAGGCUCAUCUUCGUCGUCAACCUCUGGAUCAUCUGGUUCAUCGUCAUCAUCUACCAGCUCUGGUGGUUCAUCCACCAAUGUCGUUGGUAUCUGUGUUGGAUAUCAAUGUCCACAAGGUACCAAGUGUGUCGUUGUAAAUGGAAAGCCAGACUGUAUCAUCAUUGAUACUAGCACUGGAUCAUCAUCAUCAUCGACCACUGGUGAUCUCUGUCACAAUGCCGUUUGUCCACCAUACCACUAUUGUCAAGUCAUCGAUGGUAUGCCAGUUUGCAAGCCACCCUCGACCUCUGGUGGUAGCACAAGUGGAGCAACCUGCAAUGGAGUUAACUGUCCACCAGGUCACCACUGCAAGCUCAUCAAUCACAUGCCAACCUGCAUCAAGAAGCAAAGACCAGAAUCAUGUGACGAUGUCCACUGCAAACGUGGAAUGUAUUGUGCCUUGAUCAACGGCCACCCAGAAUGUCUCAUCGCACCCAAGCCAACUCCACCAGUUGUCCACCGUUGUGAAGAUCUAGACAACCAAUUUGACUGUACUGGACGUACCCACGGUGCUUGCAGAUGGGUCAAUAUGCGUAGCUGUUGUGGUCGUGUAAAGGGAGCCUGUGUUGCUCAUCUUGGAAGAAACUGUACAGAGUCUGCCCUCAACGUCAACAGUUGUGUCAAGAGUGUCUCUGAUGGAACCGUCUACUCUAUUCGUAAUUCAUGCAAGCCAAAGACUGGAUUUGUACCAUACUUCCCACCAAAGACUGGUACUUGCGAGUCACUCAACUGUACCGCCAGAGGAUUGGCCUGUGCCUACGUCAAGUCUGACACUUGUGUCUCUGAGCCUUGUUGUCCAAUCUAUGCCAUGUGUAUUCAAUCCAAUACAUUGGCUGGAAGUACCAUUGCCACCACUGCCUCUACCAUUGCUAGCAUCCACACCACUACUGCCACUACUACCGCCUCUAGCAUUGGUACCACCACUGCUACCACCACUGCUACCACUACUGCUACCACCACUGCUACCACCAUUGCAACUGGUCAAGCAUCAUGUGAAUGUGCUGGUAUCACUUGUCCAAUUGAUAAGACAUGUGUCAAGAGUAUGAUUGGUAUCCCAGCCACCUGUAUCCCCAAGUGUGCCUUGAUUGAAUGUCCAAGUGACACUACCUGUCAAGUGAUCAAUGGUCUACCAAACUGUAUCUCCAAUCAGGCAAGCACCACCUUUACCACUACCGCUACCACUGCUAGCACCAUUGCCAGUACCAUCGCAUCCACCACUGGAACCACCACUGGUACAUCUACUACUGCAGGUACUACCGAUGGAACACCAACUACUACUACUGGUGCAACCACCACCACUGGAACUACUACCACUGGUACCACCACCGAUACUCCAACUACCACCACCACCACCGGUACCACUACCGAUGCUGCAACCACCACAACUACCACCGGUACCACCACCGAUGCUCCAACCACCACAACUACCACCGGAACCACCACCGAUGCUCCAACCACCACAACUACCACCGGUACCACCACCGAUGCUCCAACUACCACCACCACUGGCACUACCACAACCGGUACUACAACCACUGGAACUACAACUGGAACCACCACAGAUGCCACUACAACCACCACCACUGGACCAUAG